UCUGCACGGAUCAGCUGAUGUGUUGAGUUUGUGUUGUUGGUUUUGAAUGAAGAGACAUGAGUUCGGGGAAAUAUCACGGUCCUGUGCUGAAGAACAGACGCACGCUGCUGGAGAGAGCAGAAAAGUUCAUCUCCAACAUUUAUUUUACCGACUGCAACCUGCGAGGACGUCUUUAUGGAGAAUCGUGUCCAGUGGAGUUGGAGUCCUUCUUAUCUCCAAAACGCAUCCCCUUCUCCGAGGCCUUCAAGCAGAACUUCACUCCUUAUAAAGUCGGAGAAACCUUUGGACCGACGUGGUACACGUGCUGGUUUAAAGUCAGCCUCAACAUCCCCCCCUCCUGGAGAAGUAAAGAAGUGCACCUGCUGUGGGAGAGCGACGGGGAGGGGAUGGUCUGGAGGGACGGGCAGCCGGUGCAGGGCUUAACCAAAGAAGGCGAGAAGACCAGUUAUGUCCUCUCGGGGGCGCUGCAGGACGAUGAGCCGCACAGCCUGCUGCUGUUCGUGGAAGUCGCCUGUAACGGGCUGUUCGGGGCGGGACAGGGCUCCAUGAUCGCGGCUCCCGACCCCAACAGGAGGUUUUCGGUUCAGAAAGCCGAGCUGGUCGUUUUCCGCCGCGACGUUCAGGAGCUGCUCACAGACUUCGAGAUGAUGGUGGAUAUUGUGAAGGAGCUGGGGGAGCAGGACCAGCGCGGUUUCCAGGCCCUGUUCACGGUGAACGAGAUGGUGAACCUGUGCGAGCCCUCGGACCCCGGCACCUUCCCCCGAGCUCGGAGCCUGGCCUCUGCCUUCUUCACCCAGCGCAACGGGCAGAGCCAACACACCGUGCACGCCAUGGGGCACUGCCACAUCGACUCAGCUUGGCUCUGGCCGUACGAAGAGACCAUUCGGAAGUGUGGGCGGAGCUGGGUGACCGUGAUCCGCCUGAUGGAGAAAAACCCAGAGUUUAUCUUCACUUGUUCUCAGGCUCAGCAGUUCGAGUGGGUGAAGAGCUGGUACCCCGGCCUCUACGCAGAAAUCCAACAUUUUGUGAAGAAGGGACAGUUUAUACCUGUGGGAGGAACCUGGGUGGAGAUGGACGGUAACCUGCCUUCAGGAGAGUCCAUGGUGCGACAGUUUUUAGAAGGACAACGCUUCUUUAACCAGGAGUUUGGGAUUUACUGCAAAGAGUUCUGGCUCCCGGACACGUUCGGUUACUCGGCCCAGCUCCCUCAGAUCAUGCAGGGCAGCGGCAUUUCUAACUUCCUCACGCAGAAGCUGAGUUGGAACCUGGUCAAUACGUUUCCUCACAACACAUUUUUCUGGGAAGGUCUGGACGGCUCUAAAGUCCUCACUCAUUUCCCGCCUGGAAACUCCUACGAAAUGAAAGGAAAAGUGGAAGACCUCAUCAAAACCGUGAGGAACAACAAAGAUAAAGGACGGGCCAAUCACAGCGCGGCGUUGUUCGGGUUUGGCGACGGCGGCGGCGGUCCCACGCAGCUCAUGUUGGACCGGCUGCAGCGCGUCCAGGACACAGAUGGACUUCCCAGGGUUCGUCUGUCCUCUCCCGACUCCCUCUUCUCCGAGCUGCGGUCAGACUCCGAGCUCCUCUGCACCUGGAGCGGAGAACUGUUUCUGGAACUGCACAACGGCACCUACACCACACAGGCCCAGAUAAAACGUGGAAACCGUCAGUGCGAGACUCUGCUGCACGAUGUGGAGGUGUGCAGCUGUUUGGCCCUGAGCCGAGACCAGAGCUUCAAGUAUCCGGAGAAGAGGCUGAAGGAGCUGUGGAGGUUGUUGCUUCUGAACCAGUUUCAUGACGUGAUCCCUGGGAGCUGCAUCGAGCUGGUGGUGGAGGACGCACUAAGAUAUUAUGAAGAAAUCCAAGGAUCUGGCUCAAAGCUGCUUCAGAACGCUCUGACGGCGCUGAGCUCUGGAGGCAGAUCAGACGCCGUGUUUAACCCUCUGUCCUGGGAACGUCAGGAGGUGGUCAAUGUUCAAGGAUCUGGGUUCGCUCUGGUGCAGGUCCCCAGUGUUGGUUUAGCUCCGGUCAAACCAACAGAACCUCUGAGUCCAGUGUCUGUCACGGUGCAGGCUGAUGGGACUGUGCUGAUGGACAACGGCAUUUUGAGAGCUGUUGUAAACAAAGACGGCAGCCUGGCAUCGCUCUGCCUGGUCUCGUCCGGCAGGGAGGCUCUUCUGGACGGAUGUGAAGGAAACAGGUUUGUCCUGUUCGAUGACGUUCCUCUGUACUGGGACGCCUGGGACGUCAUGGACUACCACCUGCAGACCAGGAGGCCGGUGGUGGACCUGGUGGAUCAGACUCGUGUUCUGACCUCAGAUCAGCUCAGGGCCACAGUCCGGUUCAGUCUGAGGAUCAGCGACAGAAGCUCCAUCACCCAGGACAUCAUCAUGGACGCCAACUGCCCCUACCUCAAGUUCAACACACAGGUGGAGUGGAGAGAGUCUCAUAAGUUCCUGAAGGUGGAGUUUCCCGUGAGCGUCCACAGCCCCAGAGCCUCCUACGAGAUCCAGUUUGGACACCUGGACCGGCCCACGCACCGAAACACCUCCUGGGACUGGGCCCGGUUUGAGGUUUGGGGUCACAAAUGGGCCGAUCUGUCCGAGCACAACUUUGGAGUGGCUCUUUUAAACGACUGUAAAUACGGAUACUCUGUCCACAAGAACACGCUGACCCUCUCACUGCUCAGAGCUCCCAAAGCCCCAGACGCCAACGCAGACAUGGGCACACACCAGUUCACCUACGCCGUCAUGCCACACUCAGGAAGCUUUCAGGAUGCCUCUGUGAUCCGGUGCGCUUACAACUUGAACUACCCUCUGAGGCCGGCGCAGUGCCCCCCGCAGGCCGGUCCGUGGAGCGCGUUCUCCGUGAGCAGCCCCGCCGUCGUCCUGGAAACCGUCAAACAGGCGGAGGACCUGACCCAGGCUCUGGUGGUCCGUCUGUAUGAAUCACAUGGGAGCUCCGUGACCUCGGCUCUGAGAACUUCUCUUCCAGUGAAAGAGGCGUGGCAUUGUGACCUCCUGGAGCGGAAGGACCCCGACCGACCUGCGACGCUCACACCUCAGGGAAUCACGCUUCACUUCAAACCUUUUCAGAUCGUUUCUCUUCUUCUAGUGUUGUGAGGAUGGUUCUCAGGGUUCCCACGCUUCUACUCUCCAAAUUUCCAAACUUAUUCCAUGACUUUUUCAUGACCUAAAGUGAAAUUUCCAUGACUGUAUGGCUCCUACAUGCGAAGAAUUGAUCAGACUUUUAGGGCUAAAUAUGAAAUGUUAACUCUUUCCACUCACUUUAUGGUUUGGGAUUAUAGUUUUUUAAAGGGGUACCAUAUUUUCCACACUCUGGAUUAUAAAGCGCUCUGUCACUGAAUGGUCUAUUUUCAAAUUUUUUUCACAUAUAAACUGCACCGGACUAUAAGGCGCAUUAAAUGAAACACAACAGUUAGAUAAGUCAGUCAAAUUUUAUUUAACGCGUUCACAAUAGGCGAGUUUCAGCUGACGUCAUUGUUAUUAAAAGCCCGCGUUGCAUGCAUAGCGUCAAACACAGUGCGUAACCUCGCGUAUUUCUCCCCGAUAAUGGUAAAUUCCUGCUGCAUUAUCGGAUGCACAAAUAGAAGCACAGAAGAAGGAAAAUUUCUUUUUCGUAUUCCGAGUGAAAAGAACCGCUAACGGUGAAUUAAACGACUUUCAAACAUCCGCAGAGCAAACGUAGAAGAUCCUAACAAACCGUGGAAGUUCAACAACACAUCCAGACUCUUGGAGGUUUUCAUCUUUUCUGCUGUGAAUGGCCCAGGAGUUUCCACCAAGUCAUUGUGGAUAUCGCCCAAGUGAAUAUUUGUCCAGGUAGUUGGAGAUUCUGACCAGAAAUUUGGUUUGGUCCAGGCUCUGUUGGGGUUGAAAAGGGUGAUUUGGCGUCUGUCGAUGCUUAUGACCAAUUUCUGGUCAAAUGGUCUUGCG